AUGAAAAAAAUCAACUUUCUCCAAAGACCUGAUUCAAUGUCAUCAUCAAAUUCCCCACAACCUCAACAAUCUGAAUAUAAAGAUUGCCUAUCUUGUAAACUAGUAGGGUCUAUAACUUUUAUUGGAUUAGGUUCUUACGCAAUUUAUAAUAGUAAAAAAAUUAAGUCUGAUGUAGCACUUGGAUUAUCUCGAUCUGCUCAAUUUAAAAAAGUUGGGUUAGGAGUUUUUGGAGUCG